UAAAUCUGGAAAUAGCAUAUCAUUAGGAACCGAUAGUGUUUGGUUUGAGUAACAACAAGAGAAGAGAAGAGAAAAGAAACGAGAUGGAUUCGAACGGUCGACCUCUAAGUACAUUUGCGAAGAUAACGAAAUUUUUCCGAGGUAAUCCGAAGCAGAUGUCAUGGAAACAAAGUGACGAAAAGGAAGACUGGGCCAAUAAAGCCGUUGAUGCACUUGUAAAGAAACUUAAGAAGCAACCACAUGCAUUGGAGAAAUUGGAACAAGCAUUGGCAUCGAAAAAUGCUCAAUCCGAUUGUGUUACGAUUCCAAGAUCCAUGGAUGGACGUUUACAGGUAUCGAACUGUAAAGCAUUGCCGCAUGUAAUCUACGGUCGCGUAUGGCGUUGGCCUGAUUUACAGAAUCACAACGAGUUGAAAAGCGUUCCAAAUUGUCAGUUCCCAUUUUCGAAGGCCAAACGAUCGGAUGAUGUUUGCAUCAAUCCCUAUCACUAUGAGCGAGUUGAAAGCGGUGUGCUACCGCCAAUUUUGGUGCCACGGUGUUCAGAAUUUGCACCAGGCUUCUCAAAGUUGCCAUUGCAACAGCAUCAGCGUCCGGAACAAAUGACAAUGCCGCGGAAUGUAGUCUAUGACAAUAAUCGGUUCAGUGCUCAGUCAACAAAUGGCUAUAGCACAAGUUCGCAAUGUUCAUCGGAACCAAAUAGCCCAAUAACAUCACCAAUGUUAAACCAAUCCAAUGGAUUUCAAUUACAAAACUAUCAAUAUCCAGCAAUGGAAGCAACACCAUCGCCACCAUGGAAACAGGAAAAUUAUGGAUUUGACCAAAAUUCCGCCGGCAUGGUACAAGUCCAUUACGAAGAACCCGAAUAUUGGGCAACCGUUGCCUACUAUGAGCUGAACAGCCGUGUUGGUGAACAAUUUCGAUGCAGCACAAACUCACAUUCACUAAUCGUCGAUGGAUUCACGCAUCCAUCAUGCAAAACAUCAAAUCGAUUUUGCUUGGGGCAACUUAGUAACAUCAGUCGGAAUAGCACGAUCGAAUCAACACGUAAACACAUUGGCAAAGGCGUGAGCAUUUACUACAGGGGCCAAGAGCUAUAUCUGGAUUGCUUGUCCGAUCAUCCGAUUUUCGUACAAGGUUCAAUGAUAAAUCAUAUUCAUGGUUUCGAUCCGCAUGUAGUUUGUAAAGUGCUGCCUAGGUUUAGCUUGAAAAUUUUCGAUUUCACUGAAUUUAGCAAUUUGCUCGGGAACGUUGUUCAUUCCGGAUUUGAGGCAACCUAUGGCCUAACCAAAAUGUGUACGAUUCGAAUCAGUUUUGUCAAGGGCUGGGGAACCACUUAUCACCGAUUAGAUGUCACAUCGACGCCGUGUUGGAUUGAAUUACAUUUGAACGGACCGCUAAAAUGGUUAGACCAGGUUCUCACACAAAUGGGAUCUCCUAUGGCCGGUAUAACAUCAGUUUCUUAAACCGAACACAUUUAAAACUUUUUUUAAAUCGAUCAUAUUGGGCAUAAUCCAAGUUGUCAUGAAUUGAAUCAAUAACAUUUAUAUAUAUAUUAAAAAGUAGGUAGGUUCAUUCAGUAAUCAGUUAGUGUGUCAAAAUGUGUCUGUAUCAAAGGUUAGUUUGUAGAUUUUAGACGAAUUAAGAAGAGGAUAAUUAAAGAAAUGAAGGAAAACGUAGAAAAUUACGAAAUCGAAUAAAUAAAUUUUCAAUUGAAUUUUUUUGAUGAAUAUUUCAAAAUAAAGAUGUGCAUUUUGUGCCCCGACCAAUAACUGA